CGCGACGACAACCACUUCAAAAGAAUGUAUUAAUACACCUGGCGGCGUCGGCGUGGUCCGACCAGAAUCGCACCGUGCGUGCGCCGGAGCUGCGCGCCGUGAGUAGCUAGUAACGUCAAGUGGCCCGUCCACUUGCAGACCACUGUGCCUUGCCGACAGCGCCGCCCGCAGCCGCAAGUUCGUCCAACGACAGGCCCUUCAUCAUUCUCAUCUCUCCAUCGACCGCGAGUAAUGGCGCGCGAGACAGCACCCAGGAGACAUGGUCGACCUGGCAUUACGCGCAGGCGCCAAUGCAAACUCGAUUGAAUGGCCCUCGCGCCUUGGUCAGCGCAAGCACAAGCGGGCCGUCAGCAGCAGCUCGGGCCGUCCUGCUGCCAGGUCGUGACCGCCGGUCCCUCUGCUCGGCGCCACAGGUGUACGUGGCGUCACGUCGUUCGUGCUCGGGUGUUUUUUUAUCGCCAACUUCCGAGGUCGUAUACAAACACCAAGUCACUGAGUAAAAAAACUGGCCUCACGUUGGCGGCAACAUCCAGCCGGAUAUAAAAUAUUGCUCCCGUGGCCUGUCCACGGCCUUGCUCCGGUGCCAGUUCAUCAUCAUACCGGGAGUCCCCUUGCGCCGCGACGGGCAGACUGAAUUGCAAUCCCGCAGCAUGAACUACUUGCAGCGCCUCGUGCUCCUGGCGAUCGUCAUGGUCGUGGCGGCGACGACGAACAGCAGCGUGACCGAGGUUUUGCCGCCGACCACGAGUGUGCGGCAGCUGGACGGAGGCAGUAAUGGGACGACCACGGAUCCGCCGACGCCGGCCCCAACGCCGGCCCCAACGCCCGCGCCUACUCCUGCGCCAACGCCUGCGCCGACACCAGCCCCGACACCGGCGCCGACACCCGCGCCUACUCCUGCGCCAACGCCUGCGCCGACACCAGCCCCAACGCCGGCGCCGACGCCCGCGCCUACUCCAGCACCAACGCCUGCGCCGACACCCGCACCAACACCGGCGCCGACGCCAGAGCCGACCCCAUCACCCUCAACCUCCCCGCCGACGACCAUAACACCUGCGCCGACAACGGUGACUCCAGAACCGUCAACAUCGUCCGCACCGACCACAACGCCCGCAGAAACGAGUGCGCCACCGACCGAGGUCCCGACACCGACACCAAGCCUCCGCGCAACGUCUGACCUCAACCAAGCCACCAGUGCGCCGCCUGUCUCGUCGGCCUCCGGAUCCGACAACAAGACCAGCAGCAUGCUCUGGGUCAUUCUUGUCGGUAGUUUUGCGGCGCUUCUUCUUUGCUUCCUUGUCAUCUUUAUCGGCAUUCGCCGGGCGGCGGCCCGCGCCGCCGAUGGCGACGACGACCACAUCUCGGCCGCGUCGUACGCGCACAAGUACCCCGGGCGGCCGACCGGCGACCUCGGCGACGACAACGAGCCGCUCGACACGUCGCGCCUCGGGCCGCACGUUGCACUCUUCUCGCCGUCCGGGAGCCAGUCGACGGCGACGCCGUACUACCAAAUGCCCGCACCGCCAACCCACUCGUUUAGCAGCUCGUCCAACGCCCGGCCGUCGACCGUGGUGCCGCCGCCGCCGGCGCCGAUCGCCGCGCUCGCAUCGCCACGCUACUCGGCCCAUAGCUUCCACACGCCGUCCGUCGAGUACUCGCCGUCGGCCAAGUCGACCGGCUCGUCGACGAUGCACGACAACCUGUGGCAGUCGGCGAUGGAGUCGUCGGUGCUGGUGACGCCGGUCAACAACAGCAACGCGGCGGUGCGGAGCACGUGGCACGACGACUCGUCGUUUGAAGAUUCAAGCUCGGACACUGUCCGGUCGCGCAUCUCGAGCUUCACCGGCAGCGACGACAGCGACUCGUUUCAGACCGACUCGUUCAUGACGUCGUCCGACCCGCAGAGCUCGUCGUUCCAUACGCAGUCGUUCCACACAGCGCCGACGACCAACAGCAGCCUCAGCCCCUCGUCCCGACCGCGGACCACCAGCGCCGUGCAGUAACGACGCCCGUGGCUAUGUCGUCGUUGCUGUCCUUGUCGUUGUUGUCGGCGUCUGCAAGUCGUAGAAUUAUCUAUCCCCACCCUCUUGUAAACAACCUCCUCCUUGUACCGAUA